AGGUGCACCGCCACCAAUUCCUUAUUUUCCUCUUCUACACUUCAAUGGAGUUUUAAGGUCAUCUUAGAAGCAGUUUAGUUGAGGUGAACGCCUGCGGGUGAAGGUUUUGGUUUCAUCUGCGACCUUGUGGAAGUACAGUAAGUUUCCGUCCCUCGAGAUGACCUUUGAACCACAAGAAUCACAACGCCUUGCCUCAUUUAAAGAAAUUCCCUGGAAAAGUACACAUAGGUGAACUCUCCUGGAAGAAGAAGCGAAGAAAGGAAAAACACACACACACCUACACACACACAGCCGAUGAAACCAUCUUGAGAAAGGAUGAACCGCUACACCACCUUAAAGCAGCUGGGUGACGGCACUUACGGCAGCGUGCUGAUGGGGAGAAGCAACGAAUCUGGAGAACUUGUUGCGAUUAAAAGAAUGAAAAGGAAGUUUUAUUCGUGGGAGGAAUGUAUGAACCUAAGAGAGGUGAAGUCGCUGAAGAAGCUGAACCAUGCCAAUGUGGUCAAGUUAAAGGAAGUCAUCAGGGAGAAUGAUCAUCUGUACUUUGUUUUUGAAUACAUGAAGGAGAACCUCUAUCAGCUCAUGAAGGACAGAGAGAAUAAGAUGUUCUCAGAGAAUGAACUUAGGAACAUCAUGUUUCAAGUGUUAGCUGGCUUGGCUUUUGUACAUAAGCAUGGUUUCUUCCACCGAGACAUGAAGCCAGAAAAUCUCUUGUGCAUGGGCCCAGAGCUGGUGAAAAUAGCAGAUUUUGGACUGGCUCGGGAGAUCCGCUCCAAGCCUCCCUAUACGGACUACGUGUCGACAAGAUGGUACCGAGCGCCGGAGGUUCUGCUCAGGUCGUCUACUUACAGCUCUCCGGUUGACUUGUGGGCUGUAGGAUGCAUCAUGGCGGAACUCUACACGCUCAGGCCUCUUUUCCCGGGGAACAGUGAAGUGGACGAGAUUUUCAAGAUCUGCCAAGUCCUCGGCACUGUCAAGAAGCUGGAUUGGCCCGAGGGCUACAAACUGGCUUCAGCCAUGAACUUUCGCUUCCCUCAAUGUGUGCCGACGCCACUGAAGACGCUCGUUCCCAAUGCUAGCAGAGAGGCCAUUAGCCUGAUGAAGGACCUGCUGCAGUGGGAUCCCAAAAAACGACCCACCGCUGUCCAGGCUCUGCGAUACCCGUAUUUCCAGCUCGGACAGGUCUCGGGUCCUCGUCCUCACAGCCAAGAGGCCAAGACGAUCCAGGCCCGGCAAGUAAUUCAGAAGCCGGCCCCAGAGAUGGACCCCGAGCUGUCCCGUUCGGGGGCCAAAGCUACCCAGCAGCCUCUGCAGCAAAUCUGCCGGGCUCAAGCUAAAGAAGCAUCGGUGGCCAAUGAAAACAAGCUCGGUCCGGGCGGAGCAGGCGCGGCCAAGAACGGAAGACGCCGCUGGGGCCAGGCGGCCGUCAAGACAUCAGACGGCUCGGAUGAUCCCGAGCCGUCGGGCGCGGUCGCUUUUCAUUCCGAGAAGCCCAGUUUGGGCAACUCGGAGGAGGAGAGGAACUCAAAUCAACUUUGGCCGCGGGCCAGGGACCAUCAUCAGCCUCUGUAUUCCUUCAGGACAAUUACAAAACUACCUCACAACGUUACGCUUGGUCCAGUGGAGCCCAAUCACGCAGGAUCUGCGGCGCGCCAGCAUUACCUCAGCCAAUCCAGAUACCUGCCUGGUUUGAUCGGCAAGACUCGGCCAACGGCAGGAGAAAAGGCGCAGAGCGGCGUGACGUUACGGGACUUGUGGGAGAACUCUUCCGACGCCGUCAACAAGGCACUUGUUCCCAUCCGAGCGGGAUUGGCCGUCAACAGAGCCAACCCAGGGAACUUUGUGACCACCAAGUAUAACCUGUCCGCCGCUUACAUCCCCUCGCUACAAAAGAAAGAGGUGGGCGCCGUGGGACAGAGGAUCCAGCUAGCUCCUUUAGCGGGCCGUCACACAGUCAAUCCUUCCUCCUCUCCCGACAUUAAAAAAGACCGAGCAAAAUGUUCAAAACCAAAGUCCAUCUCCUCUUUAAGUGAAACGAAUGAAGAUUACGAGGCUUGGAAGACGAGGACAGACAGAAAUCAGGCGCUGAAAGGGAGCAACUACUCUGCUCUGGGGAAGACUUCGGGGAACCGCAUGACCAGAGCUCCCGCCGUCCAGCCGGUCCACGGCAGGGUGGACUGGACUUCCAAGUAUGGUGGAAAUCGGUAGUUGGUCUUCCGCUGGUUGUCGGCCAAAUUGCUGAAAAAUAAGCAGUCGGAAGAAGCUCGAAUGCAACCCCGCCCCUCCCCCAAAUGGCCGGCAAGAGCCAAUUGUCCAACCUAUGUAUGAGGUUUUAUACGUAACUUCUAGCACGGCGCCAUUUCAUAUGCUGGAUUUAUGUAUGAGCUAUUUUGAGGGCUGUACGGAUGUCUGGACUCAUGGCCGACUGGACAGAUUGACGCUUCUCCUGCUGACAUUGCCUCUGCGUUUAUUCACCUCUGGAACCUGCCGGCACGAGUCCGUACCGUCAUGGAUUACGCUGCAGGAAUCAAGACGAUGGAUAUUAUUCUUCUUUUUGUAUUUGUUUUUAUACAAAUCAGUGGAUAAAGGCAAACUAGUGAUGAUAAAAAAUAAAA